AUGGCUUCUGAAGUACUGACUGAACUACCAUCUGUGAACCCUGCGGCCAUGGAAGUGAACGACGCCACUCCACAGCCCAGGCCGACCUCCACUUUGGAGAUUGAAGAGCCUCGCGAUGAUGAGGACAACGCAGUUUAUCCGACUGGACCGAAGCUAUGGUCGACCAUGGCUUCAAUGGCAAUCGCAUGCUUCCUCAGCGGACUUGACCUUACUAUUGUCGCCGUCGCUGUCCCAAGCAUCACAGAUGAAUUCCAGACCAUCUCAGAUAUCGGAUGGUACUCAGCUGCAUAUGGCAUGACCCUCAGCGCCUUCGUCUUCUUCUUCGGCCAAAUAUACACCCUCUUCUCCAUCAAAGCCGUCUUCCUAAUCGGCAUCGCCACAUUCGAAAUCGGCUCUCUAAUCUGUACUCUCGCACCAUCCUCCGCUAUCUUCAUUCUCGGCCGCGCAGUCAGCGGUUUAGGUCGCGGCGCCAUUAAUGGCGGCUUGUUCAAACUCUUACGUCAAUGUUUUCCAUUAUCGAAGCAAGCUAUUACUAAUAGUUUCUUUGGCUCCAUUCAGAGUGUUGGGCUUAUCACUGCGCCUACGAUUGGUGGUGCGUUGAUAGAUACGUUUUCGUGGAGGGCUUGUUUUGGUGUUAAUUUGCCGCUGGGCGUUAUGUGUCUUGUGUUGACGGCUUAUGGAGUUCAUGAACAGCCUCCGCGUAUUGAUGCGCCUGUUCUUACGCUGAAGGAGAAGGUUAAAAAGGUUGAUUUCUUUGGCACGCUGUUGGCUGUACCGGCUAUUACAUUUCUUCUUAUGGCGCUGCAAUGGGGAGGCACAAAGUUUGGCUGGGGAACCUGGCAGAUUAUUGUUCCUCUCGUUGUUUGCGCUCUUCUGUUCGUGGCAUUUGGAUACUUGCAGUAUCGGCAAGGCGAUAGUGCUCUUUUGUCGCCUAGGAUCCUGAAGCAGAGGAGUAUCAUCGCAGGAAUGUGGUACGGGGCGUGCUGCGAGGGAGUUUUGGCGGUGACUGAGUACUACAUGUCUAUAUACUUCCAAGGCGUACGCGGGUAUUCACCUACAAAAGCAGGUCUGCUGGCUCUUCCAAUGGUCGGAGGUCUGGCUAUCGCCUUCAUCAUCUCUGGCGUUGGAACUACAUGGAUCGGAUACUAUUAUCCAUUCAUGUUGGCCACAAGCGUCCUGACACCCAUUGCAUCCGGUCUCCUCACAACUCUCGAUCUCGAAGAACAAAUCGCCAAAGCCGUUGGUCUCCUCACCUUUCUCGGCUUAGCAGUCGGUCUCGGUCUUCAAGGUCCACAGGUAGCCUUACAAGCCGUCCUCCCUAUCGAAGACGAUCGCUUGUCAAAGGAGAUCCAAGAUGCUGCGCCGGGUACAAACACUACACAUAUUCAAGAAGCGGGUCUGUCCAAGCUGAGAGAGUCAAUUGGUCCCGAGAGGUUGAAGAGUGUGUUGUCUGGCUACGAGAACGCGGUAGUCCAGACGCUCUAUAUCCCAUUGGCAUUGGCGCUUCUGAGUAUUAUUGGUGCCGUAGCCAUGGAGAGAAAGUCAAUCAAGAAAAAGCGGCCUAUCAGGGCUGCUCCUGUGAAGAAGGGGGCAACUCCCCUAGGACCUCUCACCGAGCGAGCUGUGUCGAAGCGCUCGGCGAUCAUCAAGUCAGCAUGCUUAGAAUGCCGAAAAAGAAAGGCAAAGUGCAAUGGACAAAAACCAGUUUGCAUCAGCUGUUCGAAAAACGACCGAGAAUGCGUAUACGACUCCGACAUCAGGGAAUUACGGGUCAGGGGUCUACAGCAGGCGAACCAAAAGCUCCAAGACGAACUGGCAGCUGCAAAGCUUUUGAUGAGACAGAUGGCCAAUGGCUCUGCUCAAUUGAGAGGUGCCGUGUCGGAGUUGCUGGAGGACGAGAAACAACCAUCCGAGAUAUCCGAGCUGCUGAAAAGCGACAGUACCGCCAAUCUGAGGACAGACGAAGUGGACGAUAGUCGCCUUUCUAGCAUAUUGAACGAUCCAAUACUAGACGAGGUUGAUAAUGGCACUUCGCCUUCCUUUCCAGCGGACGGCUUCGAGUCCUUCAGUGCAGACAGCUCGAGUAUGAAGCAAGAGUCUUCGCCAGAUAACUCAGGGACCUUUGGAUAUGCAGAGAGCACACUCGCCGAUUUCACAACUGUAAAUAGUCCGGCCCUCGAAGGAGACGCAGAGCUUCGAGACAGAGAGCACACGAUUCAUCUCAACUACGAAAAUAAUUUUGGAAACCUCGCGCUUUCGAAUAGUAUCAGAGCUAACGGAUAUCCAAGACAUAUACAGGACGCGCAAAUACGCAACAUCUUCGUGCCCAGCUGGGCUGCGACAACACUCAACACUGAACUGGAUCCGGGAGAGAUGAGCAAUGCAUUCGGCGACAUAUAUCAAAAGGCCACGAGCCUUCUCGAGAAAGGCGAGCCUGCGAAUCGCGUGAUCGGAGAUUAUCCAAAUAUUGCGGCAUUGUACGAUCAGGAUCAGUUUGACAGGUCGUGUUUGUUGUCGCAGUGGGCUGCUCGCAUGGUGCACAGCGUGAAAUGUCAGGGAUAUGACUUUACCUGCUUUGCAUCAAUGAAUGUCUUUUGGUACAUGAUGCGAUGGAUGAUCGAUCCGUCGCCGGAAACAUACGCUGCGAUGCCAGAAUGGAUAAGACCGACUACAAAUCAGCUCUUCACGCCUCAUAUCAGCAUGGCCGACUUUGUCCUCUGGCCUGCAUUCCGCGAUCUCGUGGUGCAGUUCCCGCAGCUUCAAGAGCGCAUGGCGUGGUUGGCUGAUAUGUCAAUGUAUAUCCGGUGCGAGUGGCCGUAUGCGCUGGAAGGUGCGUUGAAACAAGAUCCGAUUAAUGGAACUGUUGAUCUUGUGGAUUUGGCCAAGGAGCAUAUUUGGAACCUGGGAUGUUGUUGGUCAACACCACCUUGCUUGCGACAAGGCAACUUCAUCAGAGCAUCUAAUAAAAUGAUGAUGGCGCCGAUUUCUAGUAACAGUCUCGCCCGUGGACAAGCCUCCAUGCCAAUUCGUGGCGUGAGCUUUGGCACAAAUCAACCUCCUGAUGCAAUCCGACAGCUUAUUCGCCGUUGGCUCACUGACAAAGAGGCCGAUAACAUCUUGUCAAGAUUCCAGGAAGCCUGUAUUCCCAAUCGCCAGGUAUUCUGGAGCGGCAUGCUUCGUGAACAGGCCCAGCAAUGGGCCGAUGCUCAUGAAUUUCAGACAUUGACAACCGCCCUCGGUCCACUGUUAUAUCGUAGUGAUCCGAGUCCUCAGACACAAGCCCCUGCAAGAUACAUCCACGGGGCAUCUAUUAUCUUCGCAUGGUUUGUCUCUCAAGGUGACUUGGUUACUGUGCUUUCGCACCCUCCGCCUCUCUUCUUCCACCCUUCAGGACAAACGUUUUAUCAGCUAUAUGAAGAGCCUAUUAUCAAGGGUACUAUGGGGAAUCGCGCCGUGGGCAGGAUUGACAUAGCUCACCCAUUCAUCGAAGCCGCGAUCGACUUUAUAUAUCAGAUAUGGCCAUACGAUAACUCGUCGCUCUGGAAAAAGACAUUCGGAAACCUAGAUAUCGAGUUGCCAUGGCGCCAAACUAAAACACUGAAACCCACUGUACAGGUAAAAUACAUCUAA